AUCCUUAGGGGUGGCCCCGGACCCAAGGGCUCGAGCUUUGUUUUUGAAUUCGACGUCACUCCUGCUUUGCAUAACCGCCAGUCUCGCGCCGUUGAUUGGAGGACCGCUCGCGGGAUUUAAUCUGCAUCUUCUCUUUUAUGACCAGAGCCAGCAGCACGCGCUCCACCGUCUUCUUCUUCUUCAAACCGCCGCCGGACUCCUCCUCAGUCAUUCCUCUCGGUCACUCCCCCCGCCAGCCGCCAGCCACCAGCCCUGGUCCAUCCUUCAUGAAGGGGAGCAGCCUCACCAGCCUGCCGCCGCCUCUCAAACGUGGAGGGAAGGACACGAAGAGGGACGCUCGGGUUAUUGUUUAAGUCCGGUGAAAUUUACGGCUCCCGUCGACAUAUUUAGUGCAUCUUUAACCGAGAGGGAGGAGACUGUUGGUUUUCUCCGGAGUCUUCAACGGCUGAGCUGCAGGCGGUUGGAAGGACAUCAAAGUGUGAGAGGAACUGGCCAAUCAAGACGAGUGUGAGCCCCUGUACCUUGGAAGCAAGCAGCAACGUCGACGUCCACACCUUUUAGGAGGAGGGAAUGAAACCGGAUGGGGAUACCAUGGAAACCCCAGAGCCCACUGAAGCUGCAGCCGUAGCAGAGCCCUCCUUAUCGCAGGACAACAUAACAGAGCAAGCCCCAUCGCAACCAGAGGAGGCUGCAAAUGAUACAGCACCCACGGCUGCUCCGAAGGACAACGGCAAGCCGGUGGCAGCAGACCCCAAAGUCAAACCAAAAGCUGCUGCAACUAAAAUACAGCCCCCUGCCAAAUCUGCAGGGGCAUCCGGGUCACGGCCAGGUACUGCCUCGCACCGCACAGCGAAUGACGUCAAAUCCUCUAACAAUGUCUCUGUAGCCGCAGUCAGGCAAACGGCAACUGCAGCAAAAGCAUCAGCAGCGGGGGCUGUACCUAAAAGACCGGUUGGUGCAGCAGCAGCUUCCUCCAUGGUCAAGAACCAAUCUAGAGUGCCUGACAAGAAGCCUGUUGGACCGGCCAGGACUACCUCUGUUGCUGCUGCCACAGCAACAAAUAGUACCAAAUCAACAACAGUGAAUGGCAUUCCUAAGAAGAGACCAGUAGCUGAGACUGUUAAUGUAGCUAGACCCAAAACCACAGCUACUGCCAGCAGAGCAGCGGCGUCCACUGCCCCGAAACCCAGCACUUCGACCACAACAAAAGCUGGUGGUGCUGCCAUUUCAAAGACCACCACCAGGCCUGCUACAGGUCCCUCGACAUCUCGACCUGCAUCCACCACAUCCCGACCUGCAACCACCACAUCCAGGCUCGCCACAUCUACGGUCAAGCCCUCCACCACUGCAACUGCCAAAACCGCUGCCUCUAGAGUUACCACAGCACCCUCUACUGGAAGGACCACAGCGGCACAGCCUCCCAAAACUGUUGCAGCUAAGAAAGAUGUCAGUCGACCACCUUCUGCUGCAGUUGCAAAGAAACCUACAGCAGCUACAACAUCCGCUGCAACCAAAAAACCUGAACCUUCUAGACCCGCAGCCACCGUGAAGCUCAACUCUGCCUCCAAAUGGUCCACAACAGCGAAGGCAGCAGACCCCAAGGUGCCACAGUCCAAAACUCUACAACCUGCGAAAUCUACGCCCAAAAAGAAAUCUGUAGCUGCUGUUCGGUCUAUUGCUAAUAACAAACAGCUUCUUGGUCGAACCCCUCCUGCCUCUCCAGCCAACAAACCUAUAAACAGCAGCACCCCUCAGGCAAAACACGGAACCAAACCCACUCAGGCUGUCUCACCUUUCACUGCUGCCAAGAAGACAGGGGCUUCAAAUAGUACCACACCUGCUGUAGAAGCAGUGGGUGCUGCCGGUGCAGUAGUAGUAGCAGCUGCCACAGCAGCGGCUGUGCUAGCAGAUUCCCAAACAGAGGCUAGUACAGAGUCAUUCCCACAAGGAUCAUCCCUUGCUGCCUCUGCACCAGAGGAGGUCCCUCCCCCAGUCUUGGCCCAGGAUACCAAACCAGACGUGAUACCUCAAGAGACUGCAGCUGCUUCCUCUCCUCCACAAAGCCCUGUCAGGACAGCCUUACCACAAACCUCUCCACCCCAGGAGCAGCUAGAGAGCAGUGCUCCCCUACUAACAACACAGGAACAGACCCCUGCCCCAGCUGAGCCUACAUUACCACCAGUGGCCUGUCCUCCAGAUCUAUCCGAGGACCCUGUUUACCUGUUAACCGACCAAACCCCCUCCACAUCUAAAGCCCUCCCAGCAGCAGCAAAUGCCAUCCCUCUGACAGUUCCUCCCACCAAUCUAAAUGAGGAGGAGGAGGAUGAAGAGGAGAGGGAGGGAAGCCAGCUGGUUUCUGUGUCUGAAAUGAGUGGAACCACACAGCCCACAGAGGAAUCUCGCCCCGGAUCGGCUGGACCAGUAGGAGGGUCUGCUUGGAGGGCCGGUGGCGCCUUGCUUUCUGAGCUGGACUCUGAAGAUGUAAGCGGCAGCCAGCAGGGUGCGUCUGAACUGAGUGCCCCUGGUGUCCUGGAGGGCACGGAGAGCAUGGAUGAUCUGGGAGACGGCAGUCUUAAAGGAGCCAUCGACAUGGAAGGAGCCUCAGCAGGUUCACCCGACUUUGAGAAGGUUCCUGACAUACCAGUUAAUGACUUCGAUGAGGACGAAGAUGAAGACGAUGAUGACGAUCGGGUGUGUGACAUGGAUGUGGGCUCAGAGCGGGCGGAUGAACCGCAGAAACCCAGGCACGACAACGAUGUGGAUGAUGAGGAGGAGGAGGAGGAUGACGAUGAAGAUGUGGAGAUGGCUAGCGAGGGGGUGACAGAGAGUGGGCUGGAAAGCUACGGGAAUGCAGAUGAGGAUGACUUUGCUGAGGAUGAAAGACUGGACAACUUAAACCGAGUGGUCGAGCCCCCACCUCCCCCUCCUCUGCUGCCCUCUGCCCCCGCUGCUCAGUGGGACCAACCCAACCCCUUCGCUGAUCCCUGGGCAGAACCUCUUCAGCCAGAGCAGGUUCGUGAGCACGUCUCCCAGCCCGCACUGGUGGCGGAAGCAGCUGCAGCAAGCCCUGUGGCAGACACCUGGCAAGCAGACUCUGAGACCCCAACUCAGACCCCAGCCCAAGCCUGGCUAGAACUAGGCUCUGCUGCUUUUGUUCCUGAAGACGUUCUCCAACAUUCCUCCGUCAAAAAUGAGCUACAAAAUCUAGAGGCCCAAAUGUACAUGGAUCAGUCCAGCCCAGCACCAAUGCAGACCCCCCUGGCCCCUGCUCUUCUCUCUGCCCCAGGAAUGUCUCUGUCAAGCACCCUGAGCAGUGAGACCAGCACGCCAGAGGAACUCUGCGCCUACAAUCGAGACGGGAAUCCCCAGCCUCAAGAUGUGCAGAUGCCGGUGCUUUCCCCACAGCCUGACCUGGACCGAGAAGGAGAAGAGGAUGCUGAGGCAGAGACCCUGCCUGCUGAUGAAGUCCUGGGAGGCCCUGCAACUGCCCCCACCUCCAACCCCUCCUCGGCUUCGGUAACAGAAGACGAGGCCAGCGACACAGAGGGAGAGGCUCAGUUGGAUGAUUCCUUAGAGGGUCCAUUGGUCAGAAACAUAACCUUUGAAAGCCAGCCUCCAGCCUUGCGCUCUUUGUCCACUGUAGAAGAGGGAGAGGAGGUGGAUGGCGGCGCAGGCGAAGACACCACCCCACCUUCGGCCACAUCGUUGGCGUCUUACGGCUUCGACACCAUGACCACAGCUUCAAACUCCAAUGCCCAAUCCACAGGGGAGAGCUGCAUCAAGAGCCCCGGCAUCUUCUCCCUGGAGGAGCUGUCUGAGGAGGCCAAGGAGCCCUGUUUGAUCCCGCAGCCUCACACCCAGCAAUGCCUCGCAGAGCAGCAGUACAUCGAAUGUGGAAAGCAGGAAGCGGAGUCUGCUGAGCACCUCAGGGACGAAGUGCCGGGGCCAGAGCAAGCCCCGGAUCCUUCGUCAACUCUGAGCACUUUGCAGCCACGGGAGGAAAACCCAGAUGACAUCCAGCCUCCCUACUAUUCUGCUAUCUGUGAAAAGACUGAGAACUCUUUUGCAGGCUUCACUGCGCUACCGCACCCUCACCGCCGCGAUCACUCGGCGUACCCCAGAACCUACUGCGACCUCGUCAAACCUCUCGCCGCCGCCGCCGCCGCCCCGCCGAGGCUGACCUGCGCCGACCUCCCGCCCAGGAGCCUCGGCCAGCAGGCGCUGAGCCCCCAGCUCCGCAGGCUGGAGCAGCACCAGAGGCAGCUACUGGAGAUGCAGCAACGCAGGGACCAACAGAGCAGACCGCUAGAGGAGGCGGAGCAGGAGAGGAAGACGAGGGAGGAGGAGGAGCAGAGGAAGAAGAAGGAGGAAGCUGAAGAGGAAAUAAAGAGGAAUAAAGAGGAGCUGGAAAGGAAGACGCGAGAGCAGGCAGAGGUGACGAAGAAGGAAGAGGAAGACAAGUCGAGGAAAGAAGAGGAGAUUCAGCAGAGGAGAGACCUUGAACUGCAGCUGCAGCAUCAACAACAGGAACUGAAGGAAAGGCAGCAGAUCAUGCAGUGGCAACAAGAGCUGCAACAGUCUAAUAAAGGUCAGACAGUGCUGCUGUCUCCAUCCUCUGGCCUCUGCACCAUCUAUGAAGCCCUGGAGAAUAGUGAUGAAGAGGAAGAGGGAAAGAAGGAGCUCAACCUUGCUAAAGAGAAGACCAGACAAGAGACAAAUGAAGAGACAGACUACUGUGAAAGAACGACAUCGGAUAAAGACGAACAUCAAGACUCUUCGCCGUCCACCGAGAGCCCUCCUCCUCUCCGGGACUCCCCUCAGACAUCCAGCAACCCCUCCCAGGACGGAGACAGCUCCUCCCCUUUGCUCACCGAGUCUCCGGAGCGACCUCCACCCCUGGACCUGGACUGGGGGAAGAAAGUGGACAUAGUCCAGCAGCUGAUCAACCAGACCCUGCUGCUGAACAGAGACGGCUGCUCCUCCCUGCUGCUGCUGCCGGGGGGUGCAGGAGGCACCCUGAGCCCCCUGGAGAGCAGCCUGUGGCCCAGCCUGUUGCCUCCGCUCACCCCUCCCUCUGCCACCGUCACCUCCGUGAGCAGUUUCUCUCCAGAGGCCACUGGGAGCUCCCCGCAGGGAGAGUGGACGGUGGUAGAGCUGGAGACGCAUCACUGAGGGACGCAAGUGUGUGUGAUUUCACUCACACACCUGCAGUACUGUUAAACAUUAACAACACUCAUACAGGGAAGUUGACACAAGUGCUGUCUGUUUUAGCACACAUACACAUGGGAAUUCAAGACUGGAAGGUGAUAUACACAUGUAUACAGAGCAGCCCUGUACACACAAUUAAUAUUUACUUAAGAGAUCAGCUGUACAGAUGGCUUGAAGUAAAUAUUUGGGCUGGGCAAUGUGAGAAAAAAAUUGCAAUAACUAGAAGAAAUUCUUUGACAUUGAUAUUCAUCACAAUAUGUUGAGGAAGAUAAACUAGAUCACUUUGUUGAUGUCCAUCACAUUGUACUAAAGGGUUAUUUUAAAUUCCCAAGUAUUUUAGAAAGAUAACCUGGGAGAAAUUGCAUAAAAUCCAUGAUGAAUGGACAAUGAAUUAUAUUUAUAUACGGCCCAGCCCUGGAGGUAGACGCAUAAACUUGUGCUGCUGUAGAUCAGUGGUUCCCAACCAACAAGGGGUCACAGGUUAGAAAAAACAUGAUUCUGCUACACAAUGUUCAUUUGUUUUUACUUGUUUUUCUCUUUUAAACUACUGAUUUAUAUUUAAGCAUUCAAUCUGAGAGGGAAUAAUCACUCUUUAGUUGAUCUGGUCACAAACUGUAGGGUAAUGAGGUAAAAAUGUUGGGAACCACUGCUAUAGAUUCACAUGAGAGAGGCAGGGAUUUCUAACUGUACAGUUGAAAACAAGCACAUACGACACAGAUACGAAUGCUUGGUGGUGCUGCAGUUCAGUUGUUGGCUGUUUCUCCAAGCAUGUAUGCUGUUUAUUGAUGCAAAAAAAAAGGUAAACAACUUUCUUGCCCUGAAUCCAGACUCUCUGGUAGUGCUUACCCCCAGGUUAACUAGCUACCACUCCCAACUAAGUAAAUGAUUAGAUUUAGGACAUAGAAAGUUGAGGAUUAGAUUAUGGUUGCGGUCGAGGUAAGUCAAGUCUGUGAAGCAGGUCCAGUUUGUAUGUAGACCAAGAGCAGGGUCAGGAUUUUAAAAAUGCAGAGGUCAUUAGUCCAAGAUCUAUCCCCUAAUUGGAUUUUUUCUAUUUAUUCAGUUAACUGAACGCACAUUUUAUUUACCAAUCUGAAAAUCUAAAUGCUUUUUUCAAAGCCUUUUCUACACAUCUUGGAAUAAAACUCUCCGUAUGCAGCCUCAAUCCAGUACCAACCGAAAUGUGUCCAUAGCAUACAGAAUUAAGUGUUAAGUCAUACUCUUCAAUUAGAUAUUUCCUGACUUAAAGGGGCUCUAUGUAAGAAUCAGAAACUGCUUGUUAACAGCGACACCUGUGGCCGUUAAGUCAACGACAGUCAGCGUCCUGCUGCUUGUGCUCGCACUACGUAGACGUGAGUGAGCAUCGGUUAAAACAGUGAGGCGACACACACGAGACUGAACGUGAUGACAGCUAAAAGCACAAUAUCAAUAUAUAUUUCAUAUGAUUUGCAGUAAUGUUAGCUUAUAUGUCCAAUAGGACUUUUGCCAGCUCAGGCUCGGUUUUGAUACCUAAAACCAAACAAAGGUCCCUCAAUGAAUCGAAGGACCCACCAAUGUUGAUCCUAGUUUUCCCUCGACAUCGGUCACAUUCCUGUUUUGCAGGACGGGUUUCACCAGAUAUAACUUUUUUUGGGGGGGGGGGGGGGGUUAUUCUGGGGAGUUUGUGUUGGAGUCUGGUCGUUUGUUUGCGUUUGCGGACUCCAUUUCUAAUCAAACGUUAUUUAUCAUUGCACGCUGUUUUUAAUCCUAGAAUGUAAACUACCUACAGGUUGCUAAAACCCUCAAAAAACUCAACACAAUUACAAAGGACAUGACCUCUGUGGCAUCUACAAUGUUGCUUAAGAGUCUGUACUCAGGGUGAGAAAGUCUCUGGUGCUGCCGGUGAAGAAGCGGCGUCUCAUCUCUGCCACAGAAACAUGAGUAGACGAAAACAAACACGACACCGCACUGAAACUCAGCACCUCUCACUCGACAUCCUACACCACUGCAAGCACAAACUCUACACUGACUAUUAUAUUACAUGUCAGUCCACCUGGACCCACGUGAUUACUGACUGAAUCCCAUGAUGCAUCAGUGCUACUGACUAACAGGGUUGGAACUGGACUGUUUUCAUUAUGCCAAAUCUCGCCACGCCGACGGUGCCAAAUGGCCACUAUCAAUCGAAGGUAAACUGACUGAUAGAUCAGGUUGUUUUACUUUGUGUUCCUCACCUACUGUAGCCAUUUUUAAGUGAAGCCAUGACUGUUUAUACACACAUCCUUAUCACCUUAUUUUAAAAUGAUGAAUACACUGGAGAUGUCUCGCUACUGAAUAGUGAUAAAAGACUCUGAGAUUGCACUUAAUCAGAUUCAGUCUUGUAUCAAUUAGAUAAUAGAGGCUUGGACACUGUGGCUGGUUAAGUCCAACUUACUUUUCUUAUAAUGCGUUUGCAAACUGAGGUCAAAGAAAUGUAUUGAUUAGAGAUGAUUUUACUACAUGGUCUCAGUCUGAGCUGUUUGGACCUUCUUUACCAAAGGUCAGUAGGACGUCUAAGCAUUUCCCUUUGAAACACUGGAGUCACGCACUAAUGAGGUUUUAGUUAUGCACAUAUAAUUGUGUCGAGAGAUGAGACUUGUUGGUUAAAUGAAAUACUGCUGAGGGCUUGUUUUUGCCUUUUUAUGGUCACUGUUCUGGAGCCACGUAUUAACUUCUUCCAUAUGUGUAGUCUCCCCUCGGUUCUCAUGCUAGAUGAUGUUAUUUCAGCCACAGAUUACAGACAGAUGAUGGCUGGAUAUUAUACAAGACUGGUUGGUAACACUUCAUUUUACAGGUCUGCAAAUUUCAUGGUGAUAAUUAGCAAGUAACCUAUUUGAAAUUUCUUUUGAAUUACUGCCACAUUACCCCAAUAUUUACCUCGAAAAUUACUU